UCAUGCCGACGUCUGACGUAAAAGUGAAUACUACGUCUCAGCUUGGACGUCAGCUGCAGGUUGCGGGGUUUAAAGACUUGCCAAUCUACGUUGCGGUUACUGUCCUCGUCUCUUUCAGCACGUUCUGGGGUAUCGGGAUGAGUUUCGACUAUUACUUUUACAGGAAUAGAAAAUAUAAGGCGGAGGAGUGGAAGUGUCAGCCAGAUCGCUGGCUCUCGAAUUCUACCGAGUGGCACGAGUUCCUACUGGGUUCCUUCAACGUGCUCAUAAGCUCCGUCGCCUAUGGAUUCAUCUCGUGCUAUAUCAUGAACGGAGGUAAAUGCACGUUAUACGCGAGGCCGGACGAGUACGGCUUGGCAUACCUUCUCCUCUCCGUUCCUGCGCUGUUCAUCUACAACGAGGCGAUUAUCUACUACGCUCACCGGAUGUUCCAUACCCCAUUCCUGUAUCGUCACUUUCACAAGGUUCACCAUCGUAACAAGAGCCCCACGUUGUAUGGUGUAUUCGCCACGCAUCCGCUUGAGUUCAUUUUCUACCAGAUCUUAGUGGCAUGGCCCGUGAUUGUCGUACCGUUACACGCAGGCGUUUUCCUAACCAUUCUUCUGUACGGCUAUUACUACGGAAUGAUGGACCACUCAGGCAUCAAGAUGGACGCACUGUGGCCAUGGCAACCGUCCACGAUGUUCCAUGACGACCAUCACAGGCAUUUCCACUGUAAUUUCGGAACCAAUACAAUUUUGUUCGACCGUUUCCAUGGUACCCUAAGGCGUACGAAUCGGAAGUACGGAGAGAAGGUUUUUGGCGGGAAGGGGACAGCGGAGUCAUCCGAAAACAACCAAUCAGAAUUCUACACGUAUUCCACAUGGAACAUUUCUCCAUUCAAAUAA